ACUCUGGGAAGGCGGGGGCAUCUGAGAAAGGAGAGAAGACUGCAGACCUAGAGUGGGGAGAACAAAAAGUCAGAAGGAAGGGGAAGACGGAGGAGGGCACACAGACGCAGAGGAAAAGAAAGGGCAAACGAGUAAACCUGGGUGGGAAGAAGACACUUAGGAGAGGAGAGAGGCAGAGAUGAAGCUCCAGGGGUCCCUGGCCUGCCUCCUGCUGGCCCUGUGCCUGGGCAGUGGGGAGGCUGGCCCAUUGGUGGACAGAGGGAAGAGUGAGGGAACAGAUGCUGGGGAGAUCGCUGGACACAUGGUGGGAGAAGCCAUUGGAGAGGGGCUGGGGGAAGCUGUUGGAGAGGGUCUGGGAGAAGCCUUCGGAGGCAAGUCGGGAGAAGCCAACAGCCACAGAAUCUCUGAGGUCCCUGGCCAUGAGGCGGGAGGUGCUGCCGCCCAUGGCCUUGGGGAAGGAGCCCGGGCUCUUGGAAACACUGGCAGACAGGUUGAGGGUAUCAUUCAACAUGGAGCAGAUGCUGCCCACAGCUCCAGGCAGGGGAUGCCUGGCGGCAACAGUGCUUGGGGAACCAACGGCCAGCCCCCAGCUGAUGGCCAUGGCAUCUCUGGCUCUCAGGGCAAUCCUGGAGGUCCAGGGACUCCCUGGGACCAGGUAUACGCUGGGGGCUCAGGUGGCAGCUUUGGAACCAACUCUCAAGGAGGCUCCUGGGGCCAAGGAGGCCAUGGAGGGCCAUUCAACUUGGGGACCAACACUCAGGGAGCUGUUGUCCAACCUGGUUAUGGGUCAGUGAGAGGCAGCAACAACCCAAAUAAAGAGUGCACCAACCCCCCGCCAUCUGGCUCAGGUGGAAGCUCCAGCCACUCUGGGGGAAGCAGCGGCAGUGGCAGCAGUGGCAGCAGUGGUAGUGGUAGCAGCAGUGGCAGUGGCAGCAGCAGUGGUGGCAGCAGUGGCAGCGGCGGCAGUGGCAGCAGCGGCAGUGGCAGUGGCAGUGGUGGCAGCAGUGGCCAUGGUGGCAGCAGUGGCAGUGGUGGCAGCAGCAGUUCUGGGCCCAGCUGGGACCAACCCCUGGAAAACUCCAGGAAUUUUGAUCAAGGGGUCUACACGGGCUCCCAGGGAUACAGCACCAGCUCAGGUAGCAGAGGUGGAAGUGGUGGUGGAAACAAACCCGAGUGUAACAACCCAGGGAAUGAAGUCCGUGAGUCCGGAGCAUCUGGGAGUCAGGGGCAAGGGUCCAGCGGAGCAGGUGAAGAUGUCAGUGGAAUCAACAGCUUGAACUCUCCGACAACUCCUGGGCCCUUCAACUUCGAAGCUUUCUGGAAGAAUUUUAAAUCCAAGCUGGGUUUCAUUAAUUGGGAUGCCAUAAACAAGGGCCAAGUCCCAGCCCCCAGCACUCGCGCCCUCCUCUACUUCAGCCGACUCUGGGAGGACUUCAAACACUACACUCCUUUCUUGAACUGGAAAGCAAUUCUUCAGGGUGCUGAGGCGUCCUCGUCGCUCCAGAAGAGGGCAGGCGGCGCUGGCCAGCCUGGCGCAGGAUGGCAAGACGUGGUACCUGUAACUUCUAAGAACAACUAUAACCAGCAGGCACACCCUAACGCCUCUGGCGGGCAGUACGCAGCCAAGAUCCCGGCUAAGGGGGGAGUCACGCCGUCUUCCUCGGCGUCCCGGGUGCAGCCUGGCCUGCUUCAGUGGGUGAAGUUUUGGUAGAAAAUCACUUCCAAUAGCGACUGAGGCCCUGAAAAACAUCAAUCACCAGCUCUUGGUCUGGGUGCUGCCACCUGCUUUUUCUAGCCUGGGGGGCCUGUCUGUCCUGUUUCCUACCCCCUACUGUGGGGUCUCCUUGACCACCAGCCUCAUCGGAUACACCAGGCAUUUCUUCACCUGCUCCAUUUUGUGACCUCAGGUCACCACGCCAGACAUUCAGGAGAAGCAGCCUACUUUAGAGUUUCUCUGUGGAAAUAAAAUAUGAAUCUUGUUUCCCUAA